UUCGUUUCUUUCUACAUAUUUGCAUAUAUAUAUUGACAGCAUCACAUACAUACAUACACCCGUGAAUAUAAGCAGUGUAUAUAGCGAUUAGUUGCGUGCCGUUACUUUGCCAAUUCGCCAGACACUCUUUCGUUCGGUCUGCAAUACACUGGCGCCCGUAAAAGUAGUACACAUGCGAAAACUUCUGCAAAUGACAAUCUAAUAAAGAAUCAGCUAAUUUCUGAACUAUGUCUAUGGUUAGUGACUGCGUGUUCUAUAGCUUCAAUCUAUAAGUGAUUAAGUUUGCAUAAGCACAGUGUAAUUACAUGCUUGCCGUUAUUCUUCGUUGACAUUGCACUUUUUCGCCACGGCUGCGAUACGAGCGCGUCCAUAAUAAUCGUACCGGUGUGCAACAAUUCAUACGUGUAUAUUAUUUGAGUACCAUAAUAUAAUUCUUUGCCAGUUUAUUAAAGUUGCAAGUACUCUGCUCGACAAAUACGACUUAUUCCAAGUUUGUGUCUGCGCUAUAUAUACAUUUACUUACUCUUGCAAUCGCGCUCGCACCAACGACUUUGAACUCUAUCGUGUUGCUCUUGCUGUACUCGUCAUGGCGAAUUUAGAUGCUAGUGCAGUUGCUCCCGAAGAUCGCGUGCGGUUUUAUAAGCUCAAGGUACAGUCGGUGUUUGAACGCGUAAAAAAGCUACAAUCCAAGGUCGAUUCAGAUGCUCUUGCCGAUCACAGUGACAGCACUCUAAAUGUUCUACUGGAGCAUAUCGACAAGCUAAGCCACUCCUUUAGCAAGGCCCAUGAAAGUCUAGAGGAGCUCGACUUUACUGAGAUGUCCAGCAAUUUGCGCACUGACUUUGAUGAUUUAAUAAUGGUCAUGCAGUCAACAAUAAUGUCCGAAGUGCAAAGUCGUACUGCUCAAGUGCAUCAUAGUUCCACGUUUAGCCGUCCAAGUGACCCUCCUCGCGCAUCCGCUCCCAGAUUGCAGGCUGCACCUGCGUUGCCGCCAUUAAAGCUACCUACGUUCAGCGGUGGAUAUGCUAAUUGGGCUGAUUUCUACUCAAUGUUUUCUACAAUCAUUGAAAGUCGGCCAGAAAUCAGCAAUAUGGAAAGACUUCAGCACCUCCGGUCCUGCCUCGAUGGCGCAGCGUUGGAUACGGUUCGCUCUUUGGAAAUUUCUAAUGAUAAUUAUACAAUUGCCAUAAAUUUAUUAAAGCAGAGAUAUGAUAACCGACGUUUAAUCUUCCAGGCCCACAUCGUAAAGAUCUUAGGUCUCAAAAGAGUAGAAAACGGAUCCAUAAUCAAGCUGCGUGAGCUAUCUGACAGCUUCAAUGUCCAUAUGCGUGCGCUCAGUAGUCUGGGCACAACAGAGCAGAUAGCCAGUGCCAUGAUUGCUCAGAUACUGCUACAGAAGCUUGAUGAGGCCUCACAAGCUAAAUGGGAAGAGAAAUUGGACAACUCAGAGACGGCUCUUCAGAUACCCAGAUAUGAAGAAGUCUCCUCAUUUCUUGAGCUUCGUUGCCGUACUUUGGAAUCGAUGAAAUUUGCUCUUACAAACUAUUCGUCAAGUAAGCCGAUGAAUUCUUGCAGUAAGGUUGCUACCAGUAGAUCAGCAUUUCUCGUAACCGGCCACAGUACUCACAGUUGCAAUUUUUGUAAUGAUCUUGAGCACACAAUCUACAAAUGCCCAAGAUUCGCAAACUUGUCUCCUAGUCUUCGCCUGAAUGAGGUCCGAAAGGCUGGCUUAUGUUUGAAUUGUCUCAAGGGAGGUCAUCAGUCGCGACAAUGUGGCUCGCGCAGUUGUCGGGUCUGUGGAGUCAAGCAUCAUACGCUUCUUCAUCUCGGCCACUCCAGCACAUCGCAGGCAGCAAUUCCGCCCCAUCAACAAUCUUCAACAUCAAGAGUACAGACCAUCCCUCAGCCCUCAGCACCAGCCACUACUCUCUUAUCCAAGGAUCGGCACAGCGAUGUUGUGCUCCUGGCUACCGCAGUGGUUCUGGCAAGGAAUCGGUUUGGCGAGCUUGUUCCUUGUCGUGCGCUUUUAGAUUCAGGCUCUCAACUACAUCUCAUUACAGCCAGAUUUGCGAAUCUCCUGCAACUUAAGAGAACAAAAUCGGUGGCAUCUGUAUGCGGCGUAGGCGACUCCAAUGUUGCCAUGGAUGGCAGCAGCAUUUGCCUCACUCUUCAAGCUCAUGCAUCUGAAUAUACAACUAGCAUAACGGCUAUGGUAGCUACAAAUAUAACUGGCAGGCAGCCCAGUUCUAAUGUGAAUACGAGCAAUUGGAGCAUACCGCAAAAUAUAGUGCUGGCAGAUCCAGCUUUCCAUAGGCCGCAACGAGUAGAUCUGCUUAUCGGAGCUAGCCUGUUUUAUGAUUUGCUCUGUGUGGGACAAAUCAAGUUGAUGCCUGGACUUCCAUUGUUACAGAAGACUCGUCUUGGUUGGGUUGUAUCAGGUGGCGAGGCUCGCAACCACAACUCCGUGCUAAUAGCUUCAAAGACGCCUUUGGAUCCGAUUACAGACUCCUGUGCUGAUAUCAAGUUGGACAGUCUCGUUCGUCGCUUUUGGGAAGUUGAGCGCUGCAGCGAUUCCAUUGUAAGGUUCAGCAAGGAAGACUCAGACUGCGAAGCGCAUUUUGCGAGGCAUUACAAUCGAUUGGCUAGUGGCCAAUAUACAGUACGCCUGCCUGUUAAGCUUAGUUGCGAGCUUCUUGGAGAUUCUUAUGAGCAAGCGCGACAUCGGUUUCUCAAUUUGGAGAAGAAAUUGAGUCGUUUGCCGCAUAUAAAGUCUCAAUACUCAGCAUUUCUGAAAGAGUAUCUUGAACUUGGUCACAUGUCACGCGUUCCUCUAAAUUCAUUCCAUCUAUGCAGAUAUUUUCUUCCUCAUCACUGCGUUCUGAAGGAUGAUAGCACAACUACCAAGCUUCGCGUCGUCUUUGAUGGAUCUGCAUCUACAACAACUGGGCAUUCGUUGAAUGACAUUCUAAUGUCAGGUCCCGUCAUUCAGCCAAAAUUAGUCGACAUAUUAUUGCGCUUCCGAUCUUAUCCAGUUGCACUCACCGGCGAUAUUUGCAAAAUGUAUCGUUGCGUGAAAGUACCUGAGCCGGACAGCUAUCUACAAUGCAUUUUAUGGAGGAAUUCGCCAGAUGAUGAGUUGGAAGUUUUCAGGCUUGAUACGGUAACAUAUGGAACAAAACCAGCGUCAUUUUUGUCUGUGCGCGCCAUGCAUCAGCUUGCCGUAGAUGAAAGGAACGCAUUCCCAGUCGGGUCCGACGUACUGCUUCGCGAUUUCUAUGUUGAUGAUUUGAUUAGUGGAGGAAAUUCAGUCGAAGAAGCAAGACUUGUUAUGCAAGAGACAGCUGGAAUCUUGGCAUGUGGGAAGUUUAAAUUGAGGAAGUGGUGUUCAAGCCAUCCCAUGGUGCUGGACGGCGUAACAGACUGCGACAAGGAAUCGCUCAUUAGGUUCAAUGAUGGCAGCGACAUUACAAAGACACUUGGCCUUGCAUGGGAUCCGGCAUCUGAUCAACUUCUUUUCUCAUAUCUAGCCCUGAAUUCAGCCUCUAAGCCCUCCAGGCGCUCUGUUCUCUCGUCUAUUGCUAGGUUUUAUGAUCCCCUCGGCCUGGUCGGCCCAGUAAUAACGAAAGCUAAAAUCUUCUUGCAACAACUCUGGAGGCAUAAACUUGAUUGGGAUGAGAGUCUCCCGUCUGCAUGUCACACUGCAUGGCUAGACAUUUGCAGCAACUUUGGCAAUGGUCUUAGUAGUGCAUUUCCCAGGCUAUCAUUAAUACCAGGAUCGAAGGUUGAGGUCCAUGGAUUCUGCGAUGCCAGCAUCGAGGCAUACGGAGCUUGCAUUUAUAUUGUAUCCAGAGGUCAGCAUACCAUCAGCAGGUUGCUUUGCUCUAAGUCUCGAGUUGCGCCUCUAAAAACGCUCACGGUUCCCAAGCUGGAACUAUGCGGGGCAGAGUUGCUUGCGCGUCUAAUGAAUGAAGUGGCUCGCUUAGGCAUUUUCGCAGGCGAGUUUCAUUGUUGGUCUGACUCUACUGUUGCGCUUUCUUGGAUCAAUGACGAGCCCGGACGAUUUAACGUUUUUGUUUCAAAUCGCAUCGCCACGAUACAAGAUCUCACAUCAGCAAUGGAAUGGCACUAUAUACCUACAACACUGAAUCCCGCGGAUAUAUUAUCUCGGGGUGCAUUGCCCUCGGAUUUAAAUGCAUCAUUACAUUGGUUCAACGGUCCAGGUUUCCUCUGUAAGCCCAGAUCUCAGUGGCCAGUCUCAGCACUUCCAGAAAGAACUUCAAUUGAGCGUCGAAGAACUGUGCUUCUUGUAAAGGACGCAGUCCAUGAUGUCUCUAUGGACUGCAAGUUUGUGAAUUCUUUCGGCCGCUUGCAGCGUACGUUUGCAUACGUAUCAAAGUUUAUUAAAAAAAGUCAUGGUCCAGGAAUAACCCUAGCAGACAUCCGGAACGGCACUCAUAUACUGUUAAGAAUGAUUCAACGAACACAUCUCUCAGACGACAUAAAUGCUCUUCGAAAUAAAGGAAUGGUUCCGUCAUCCAGCAGUCUAGCCUCGCUGUCACCGUUCCUUGAUGAGAUUGGGCUGCUACGUGUCGAUGGUCGUCUCAAAAACUCAACUUUAAAUUUCGAUAGUCGCCAUCCAAUUAUUUUGCCCAAAGUUCAUCCAGUAACUAGAGCCAUCAUAAUGCAUUUCCAUCAGCGAAACUUGCACGCUGGUCCCCGAGCAGUGCUAGCGUUGGUUCGUUCCCAAUAUUGGCCAAUUGGAGGUAGAAAAACUGUAGCCAGUGUAAUUCAGAGAUGCGUAAUUUGCUUUCGUGCAAGGCCCCGACUCGUUGAACACAUAAUGGCAGAUCUACCCAAGGAUCGAGUCGACGGCUAUCGGGUCUUUGGAGUGACUGGAGUCGACUUUUGCGGACCCUUCUUUUACAAGCCUGAGUCACGAAACAAGGCGCCUGUGAAAUGCUACGUUUGUGUGUUUAUUUGUUUUGCUACGAAGGCUAUUUGGUUGGAGUUAGUCAAGGAUUUAACUACCGCGGCAUUUUUGCAUGCACUUCAACGUUUCAUAUGCACCAGAGGAAAGCCAAGUCAAAUCUGGUCGGAUAACGCCACAAACUUUCUUGGUGCCCGCAAUCAGCUUCAGGAGUUGAAGCGUCUAUUUCUGUCAGACACCCACCAGAAGGCUGUGAAGGAUUUCUGUUUGGCAGACUCAAUCGAAUGGCAUUUCAUCCCUCCACGAUCACCUCACUUUGGUGGCUUGUGGGAGGCUGCAGUGAAGACAGCGAAGCAUCAUUUUUACCGAUGUGUUGGGUCCUCCGUCCUAACUUACGAUGAGCUUCGCACACUGGUUUGCAACAUCGCUGCUGUCGUUAAUUCACGCCCUUUAGUUUCGAUUUCAGAGCACCCAUCAGACAUAGACGUGUUGACUCCUGCGCAUUUCCUCAACGGUGGCCCUCCUUCGUCUUUCAGUGAGCCAAACCUAACCGGGCUCAAUUUUAAUCGUUUGGAUGCUUGGCAGCGCGUAAGCUAUCUCCAGCAGGUGUUCUGGACUCGUUGGCGGGACGAAUAUCUCAACUUGUUACAACAGCGAGCGAAAUGGAGAACCUCUAAACCUGGCUUGGCUGUUGGCAACAUAGUUCUUGUGAAGGAUGAGAAUCUACCUUCACUUAAGUGGCCACUAGCCAGAAUAAUCGAACUUAUCCCUGGAAGUGAUGGCGUUGCACGGGUAGCCCUACUAAAAACAGAAGCUGGCGAGAUAAGAAGAGCUACAAAUAAGCUGUGCUUGCUGCCCCUUAGGGAUUCUGUUGAAGACUAAGUCUUCAACGGGGGGAGGAUGUUGGGCUCAGCAAUCAUCGCUUCAUUGUAAUUAAGAGCGGCAGUUCAUAGAAUAUGUUAUCAUGUAAGAGAAUUUG